UUUCAUUUUGAUCAGGCAGGCAGAGAAGGCCAGAGUUCUCAUCAGGGUCAGACAGACAGACAAAGUCAGAGUUCUCACUGUGGUCAGUCAGAGAUUGGAAAAACUGAAAGCCAAGGGCAAAACAGGCACUCUCUAGGGACUGAUAGAGCAAGAAGAGACUCAUAUGUUGAACAAUCUGGAAGGUCAGGAAAACUAAGUCAACAGAAUUCAAGAGAAGAAAUGAGUCAAACCCACAGUCAGAGAUACCAGGAUAGAAGGGAGCAGCAAAUCCAGCAGCAGGCAUGGAAGCCUAAAGAGGACAGUCAACACAAACUCUUAGCUCAGGUACAGCAAGAGCCAUACUCCCAUGAAGAGUAUGAUUGGCAAUCACAGAGCAGUGAGCAGGACCUCUGGGGAGAAGAAGAACAUCAAGACUGGGAUAGACACAGUGUUGAGAAUCUGUAUGAGAUGCAGAACUGGCAAACUCAUGAAGAGGAGCAAAGCCAUCAAACAAGUGAUAGGCAAACCCAUGUAGACGAGCAGAACCAGCAGAGACAACACAGGCAAACUCAUGAAGAAAAUCAUGAUCAUCAGCAUGGUAGGCAUCGUGAAGAUGAGCAGAAUCACAGGAGACAAGACCAUCAUCAACAAAGGGAGAGACAAACGCAUGAAGAAAAUGAGAAGUAUCAAGGAGGCCAAGACCAAUCUAGAAGCUUCCCCAACAGAGAAAAAUUCCACUUGAGUGAAGAUGACCAGUGUGAAGGGCCCCAGGGGAGACAUUUCCAUUCAACUCAUGGUGGUGAAAAGUCCCAAAGAGAAAAAUCUGGAAACCACCCUACCAAACCAGCCAACUACUCCAGCCCUUUGUAUGACUAUGUCCAAGAACAGGCAGCAUAUCAGUACUAGGCUGUGUGAGCGUCAGGGUUAACGCAGUUUGAAGCUAAAGAAGAACCCUACAGGCCAAUUCAUCUUUACUUCUGUUUAAAAGGUUGAAAUUAUAUGUCAUCCUUCUCUUUUUCAUCUUUCCACAAGAAUGCUUCUGAACACUUGUACUCACUUUUUGAAAUUUCAAUUCCUUCAAUAGCAAUUGCAUGGUUAGUUGGUUGGGUAGAGUAAAUUAGGUGAACUAAUCAAUCUUCAUUUUGAUCAUUUUGUGUAUGUGAAUCACCGCUAGUUUAUUUUCAGUUUAGGUGAUACCUGGUUGAAUCACUGAAUGGCAGAGUACUCUUCCUGAAAUUCAGGAACAGGAAAAGUACACUGAAAACUUGUAUUUGAAGAAAGGGAUUUUGGACUUUGGUGAGCUUUGGCUCUUAUGGGUUAAAUAUCAGGAACCACAAGCUUCAUGGUCGAGACUUGGAUGAGACAGUGAGAAUCCUCUAGGGGAGCUAGAGAUCACAGAGAGAUUCUCUGAUAUUAGCAUCUCCGAUGCCUAGGCUCCUCUUCCUCCAUUGAUGGGUCGUGAGAAUUGACCAGACCUACCAAGCUAUCACCCAGAAAGAAAAGAAAAUAUAUAUCUGUCUGAAGAUCCCUGGUAGCCCAAACAAUCAAUUCUGAAAAACCUUUCCAACAAAGACAAUGUAUAGAACAUGAAAUUAUAUUAAAAGACUCAAUAAAUGAUUGGUGA